AUGUCUGAUACAAGCGCUAAUGAUCAAGAUGAUAGUGAUAUCAGAGCAGCUAUUGCUGCCUCUCUAAGAGACUUCUACGGUUCUGAUUCGCAAACUCGGGGCAGCCAAGGUGGCAUUGUUGAUUUGACUGGCGAUACAGAUGACGAUGAUGUUGUACCCGCGCAACCAAAGUCAAACUCAGUGAUUGGCGUUGAUACAGAUAGUGAAUCGAUUGUUGCUCCCGUUGAGAACCUUGAUGGUGGUGAUGAUGAUGUUGAUAACGACGAUGAUGAAGAUUUGAGGAGAGCAAUCGAGUUAUCGAAGCAAGAUUUCAGACAUGGCCCAGGCUCACCAGAGUCCCCACUGUACAUUUCCGAUCAUGGGCAGGCCUCGAAACCAGUUGCACCUCAACAAACCCACGUCUCGUCGGGCGAGCAAAAUAUACCAGGACCCAUGGGUGUACUUGGCUUGAAUCGAAAGCAGAUGGAACAGGAGCGCCUCGCGCGUCUUGCCAAGAGAAAACCAGAAGAUACCCCAUUGUCUGAUGAGCGCGAGAAGAAGCAAUUGAAAACCCAGGCGUCUGCGAAGGCUCAAAUGAAGGAAGAUCUUGACAAGCUUUCAACUACCAUUGAUUCGUUCAAACCACAAACCACACGUCCAGAGGCUAGCAAGCUAUCUCCUAACAUACCCUCGCCUCAGCCGUCUGUCCAGUUCCCUGCCGGUGUGGUCAAGAAGACCUGGUCAUAUUCUAGUCCGCGCCGUGGUGAUGAUAUCAAAAUCGAAGAAGUCUUUCAAAAAUCGAACUUAGAACUGGCCGUUCUAAGCUCAUUCAUGUGGGAUAUGGAUUGGCUCUUUUCCAAACUUGACACGCGAAACUCUCGGUUCUUGCUAAUAAUGCAGGCCAAGGAUGAUGCAACAAAGCGUCAAUACGAGUCGGAGACAGCAGCCAUGAAAAACCUCAGAUUAUGUUUUCCUCCUAUGGAACCGCAAGUGAACUGCAUGCACUCCAAGUUGAUGCUGCUUUUCCACAAGGAUUAUCUCCGGAUUGUGGUCCCAACCGCCAACUUGACGCCAUUUGAUUGGGGUGAAAAGGGGGGCGUCAUGGAGAAUUCUGCUUUUCUGAUCGAUCUCCCCCUAAGGCUCGAUAAAACUUCCGAGAUCCCCAAGACUGCCUUUUACCAAAAUCUAGUUUAUUUCCUGGAAGCCAGCACGCUGCACGAGAAUGUGAUAUCCAAGCUUGGAAACUAUGAUUUCAGCAAAACUGAGCAUUUUGAAUUUGUUCAUACCAUUGGUGGCGCUCACACAGGAAAUGCAUGGAAACGAACAGGUUAUUGCGGUCUGGGUCGCGCAGUGGCUUCACUCGGCCUGCAGACACCCAAACCAGUUAACAUUGAUUUUGUGACAUCAUCUCUCGGCUCCUUAACAGACGAGUUCCUGAGAUCCUUAUACCUCGCCUCGCAAGGCGACGACGGAUCCACCGAGUUCACCCUCCGCACCGCCAAAUCCUUCCCUGCGAGAAGCCGCACCGACCCGAAUAAGCUGAUCCAGAAGACCACCGGCGAGGAAUCCAAAAGCCGGUUCCGCGUCUACUACCCAUCCCAGGAAGUCGUCAGGAGUUCUCGCGGUGGUCCCCAAAACGCAGGAACCAUCUGCUUCUCGGAGAAAUGGUACGAAGGCGCCAAGUUUCCUCGCCAUGUGCUUCGCGACUGCAAGAGUACGCGUUUCGGGCUGUUGAUGCAUAAUAAGCUCUUAUACGUCCGACCCGAUGAACCGAUUCCACUGAAAAACAACACCCAAUGCCGCGCGUGGGCGUAUGUCGGCAGUGCCAAUCUCUCUGAAAGUGCCUGGGGCCGUCUCGUCCAAGACCGCUCAACCAAGGAACUCAAACUGAACUGCCGCAACUGGGAAUGCGGUGUUCUUGUGCCUGUCAUCGAGCAGAAGAAACCAGACACCAAAGCUGAAUCUACGGACAAGGACGAGGCCGAGUUCGUUGAUCCCGACGAAACGUCCUCCGAGUCCUCGAGUCAGCUGGGUAAGGAAGAUGAAAAGGAACCCGAGCCCGAACCAGUUGACCCCGAGUCAGCUACCGGCUUAGAUGUUUUCAAAGGCACCAUCCCAGUGCCGAUGGAGUUUCCCGGCGAGCGAUACGGAGCGAAUCUCACACCGUGGUAUAAUUCUACCUUUUGA